AUGUAUGGGCGGUACACCCAGGAGCUGGGUGUGUUUGCCAAGGAGGAGGCGGCGCGCCUACGUGAUGGAGGGGUGCGGGAUGGCGGUGGCAUGAGGAGGAACGCCAGCGUUCGUAGUCGUGCUGAUCUUCUGGAAUAUGAGAAAGACCCCUGUGCAAAGUGCCAGUUGUGUGCAUCUCGCUGCCAGAAGUUCUUGAUCUCACGGGUGGGGGAGGACUGGAUCUUCCUUAUUCUGCUGGGGCUACUCAUGGCUCUGGUCAGCUGGGUGAUGGACUAUGCCAUCGCCUUCUGCCAAGAAGCACAGAAGUGGAUGUACGGUGGACUGGACAGUAACUUGCUUCUGCAGUACAUUGCCUGGAUCAGCUACCCUGUAGUCCUCAUUACUUUCUCUGCAGGAUUCACACAGAUACUUGCGCCUCAGGCUGUGGGUUCAGGUAUUCCAGAGAUGAAGACCAUACUCAGGGGGGUGGUCCUGAAGGAGUAUCUGACUUUUAAGACCUUUGUUGCCAAAGUGAUUGGUCUGACCUGCGCGCUGGGUAGUGGAAUGCCUCUGGGGAAGGAGGGACCCUUCGUUCAUGUUGCCAGUCUGUGCGCCGCUCUCCUGAGCAAAUUUAUGGCUGCUGUUUUUGGUGGGAUUUACAUGCUAAAGGAAGAGCCCUUUGAAGGAAGCAAGAAUGAGUUGAGGAACACGGAGAUGCUGUCGGCUGCCUGUGCGGUGGGUGUGGGCUGCUGCUUUGCUGCCCCUAUUGGAGGGGUGCUGUUCAGUAUUGAGGUCACGUCAACAUUUUUUGCUGUGAGGAACUACUGGAGGGGCUUCUUCGCUGCCACCUUCAGCGCCUUCAUAUUCAGAGUGCUUGCUGUCUGGAAUCAGGAGGAAGAGACCAUCACUGCUCUCUUUAAGACCCGUUUCCGUCUGGACUUCCCGUUUGACCUUCAGGAGCUGCCAGCCUUUGCCAUACUGGGGAUUGCGUGUGGUUUUGGGGGAGCUCUGUUUGUCUACCUGAACCGGCUGAUAGUCGAGUGCAUGAGGAAGCAGAAGACAAUUAACAAGUUCUUGCUGAGGAAUCCAUCUCUUCCUGUCAGGCGUCUGGUGUAUCCUGCGCUUGUCACCCUGCUGAUCUCCACACUCACGUUCCCUCCGGGCUUCGGACAGUUCAUGGCUGGACAGCUGACGCAGCACGAGUCUCUAGUGGCGCUGUUCGACAAUCGGACGUGGUGCCGUCAGGGUGUGGCGGAGGAGUUUGACUACAUCAGCCACCACCAUGCCUGGAAACACCCCCAGGUCAACGUCUUCAUCACGCUCAUCCUCUUCACUGUUAUGAAGUUCUGGAUGUCGGCUGUGGCCACCACCAUGCCCGUUCCAUGCGGAGCCUUCAUGCCUGUUUUUCUUAUUGGUGCAGCAUUUGGCAGACUUGUUGGUGAGAUCAUGGCAGCCAUGUUUCCUGAUGGUAUACAUGCUGCAGGCAGCGUGUAUCCCAUAGUUCCUGGUGGUUAUGCUGUAGUUGGUGCUGCUGCUCUGUCUGGAGCGGUCACCCACACUGUAUCCACAGCGGUCAUAGUGUUCGAGCUGACCGGUCAGAUCUCACACAUCCUGCCUGUGAUGAUCGCUGUGAUCCUGGCCAACGCCGUGGCCCAGGCGCUCCAACCAUCGCUGUACGACUCCAUCAUUCGCAUCAAGAAGCUCCCUUAUCUGCCUGAGCUGGGGAUGGGACAUCAUGAGAAGUAUAAUUUCCGUGUGGAGGACAUCAUGGUCAGAGAUGUGCGCUACAUCACUCUUAACUCUUCCUAUCGGGAUCUGCAAGAGAUGUUAAUGACCGGUCAGCUCAAAACGCUGGCCCUGGUUGAAUCCAGAGACUCCAUGAUCCUGCUGGGCUCCAUAGAGCGUUUGCAGCUCCAGUCGCUGCUCUCGCUUCAGCUGUCACGCCAGCGGAGGCUGGAGUACCUCCGCCAGCUGGCGCAGGACAACGGCACGCACGAUCACCUACCCAGUCUUACCAGUGACAGCACCCCCAGCUCUCCCUGCACCCACACCCACCUCAACUCCUCGACCAAUUCCAGUGCUCGCCAAGCGGUCCGCUUCUUGGUGAGCACUCAACAGAUCUCCACAGAGGAGUCUUCAUCCUUCAGCCCAGUGGUUUCCAAUGUUCAGCUUCCUCUGAAAUCCGCCCUGAAAACCGUGUCUGCCAUCAGUGACACAGAGACACCAAACAGCUCUCAGACCCUUUCCUGUGCUGACCAAGACAAGGAGCUGCUGGAGAGCCCGGCUGGGCCGGCUCCUUCUGAAAAAAGAAAGCCCAAGCCCAAACGUGUGAGGAUCUCCAUGGCGGACUCUACCGAGGUGGAAGACUGCAUGACCCCCUCAGAGAUAACAGAGUGGGAGGAGCAGCAGCUUGACGAACCGGUGGAUUUCAAGAACUGUAAGAUUGAUCCGGCACCCUUCCAGCUGGUGGAGCAAACAUCUCUGCAUAAGACUCACACCAUCUUCUCUCUCCUUGGUCUGGACCACGCCUAUGUGACCAGCAUGGGACGACUGGUUGGAGUGGUUUCACUCAAAGAGCUGCGUAAGGCCAUCGAAGGCUCAGUGACGGUGACUGGAGUGAAAGUGCGCCCUCCGUUGGCCAGUUUCCGUGACAGUGGGAACACCACAAAUGUAUCCGAGGUAACUGAACUUCACAAGCUGUGCAUCCGCCACAGGGGGCUCUCUUUGCCACGGGAACCCAACCCUCCAAAUGUGGAGGAUCAGCCAGAUCUCCAGUACAAAGAGAUCCCUGUCAACUUUUCGGACGAAACAAACGUGCAGUUCGAAGCCAGCCCCGGCGACAUCACAAAUCCGUCGUCAGAGCUGCCGCUCCAGGAAAGCCCCUCAUUCACAGAGGAUCAGUCUGAGUUUACUUUUGACUGCAGCCCCUCCCACACUGAGGAAUCGGAGCUGGCCUGUGACUUUGACCCCUCCAACCAAACUCCUGAGCCAGACGAAAUGGAGCAAGAGGAGGCGCCUCUGUCUCUAAACAACAGCCAAUCCGAACCUGGGGGGGAGGGUAGCACAGGCCACACUGAGGAUCAGUCGGAAUGA